GACUGCUUGUCAAGUUCAAUGAUUAACUGCAAAGAUUACAAGACUAAAAUCCCGCUUAUAUUGCAAAGACAAGCAAGAAAUGUAUAGAGGCUUAAGAAUAAGACAAUAAGGACAGUCUGUUUGCUCAUUUCAAACGCCACACAACUCACUCACAUGGAGGACACUUCUACACAACCUAAGAAGAUCGAACUGAAUGAUGACACAUACAUGCCACUGCUUGGACUUGGAACAUGGAAGUCAGAGUAUUAACAGGGCUCUGGUGCAGACAUGUGUCAGCGGGCAGCAGAGGCAGCGAUUGCUGCUGGAUAUCGCCACAUAGAUACAGCAUACAGCUAUGGGAAUGAAGCAGAACUGGGCAAAGCCAUCCGCUCCAUGAUACAGCAGGGCAUCAUCAGACGCCAGGACAUGUUCAUAGUCAGUAAACUGUGGUGUACCCAUCAUGCACCUGAGGACAUUCCUCAGUGCCUAAACAGAUCUCUAAAUGACCUUCAGCUGGAGUACUUGGACCUGUAUCUAAUGCACUUUCCUGUAGGAUUAAAGAAAAUGGGCGAUGAGCUUUUUCCAGCAAAGAAUGGACAGAUACUCACAAAUGACAUUGACUACGUAGAUGUGUGGAAGGGAAUGGAGGCUUUAAAAGCCACAGGAAAGGUGAAAAGUCUCGGUGUGUCUAACUUCACAAUUGAGCAGCUUGAGAGAUUGCUGUCCGUGGCCAAAAUCCCACCUGCUGUCAAUCAGGUGGAGCUUCAUCCAUACCUGCUUCAAUCUGAUCUGAUCGACUUCUGCAAGUCCAAGAACAUUGCUCUCACGGCAUACAGUCCAUUCGGUUCACCUGGGAGACCUCCACAAUACCAAAGAGGAGACACAGACCCCCAAAAGUUACUGGAGGAUCCGGUUGUCGGGGAUGUGGCCAAGAAACACAGACGAACUCCUGCACAGGUUUUGUUGAGGUAUCACAUCGAGCAGGGCAUAGCAGUCAUCCCAAAGAGUACAAAAGCUCACCACAUUUUGGAGAACACAAAAAUCUUUGAUUUUACUUUGGAUGAAGAGGACAUGAAGACUCUCAGAUCUCUAAAUCGUGGCUGGAAGGCUUGUGUCAUACCAAAUCUGGAAUCACAUCCGUUCUACCCCUUCAAGUGAAUAGCUGCUGGUCUUAAAUGGCAGAACUCUUCCCAUCCAGAACAAUGAUCAAGCACAUCUGAAGAUACAAGAGACAACCCUGCUUGUUCACCUCU